UUUUAUUGGCCCCGGUGGCGGGUGCCGGGGACCUUUGGUCUCGCCGCGGUGUCCCGGCGGCAGCGCCCGGCACACGCCGGCCCUUUGCUCGGCGCGGGGCUGGCGGAGGCCGCACCAACUCGUGACGCCCUUGCACAACCGCCGGAGCUUUUCCUUAUAUAACACCGGGAUCCCGGUGAGCGCCGCUCCCGUCCCGGCCUCAGUUUCCCUUCGGCAGCGCCGCAGCCAUGUGGAUGGUGUCACCGCCGGUCGGUGUUUUCCAGUCCACCAAGAAGCUGUUCCUGAGCGAGCGGACGGGACGGGAUCGGAGCCGGGCGCUGGAAUUCAUCCGGAGGAACGCUGCCAACGGGCUCUCGGUGGCCAACCUGGUGGCCGGGCUCUCCUCCAUCCUCUGCAGCCUCAACAGGCAGCACCACCACUCCUGCUGGCUCUUGCUUGUGGGGUUCCUCCUGGAUCUGGCUGACGGUGCUGUCGCCCGGCGGCUCGACGCCUGCUCGGCACUGGGUGCCAAGCUGGAUGAUUUUGCCGAUUUCACCACGUUUGGGCUGGCCACGGCGCUGCUGCUGCAGCCGCAGGGGGUGCUGAGCGGGGCGCUGGCCCUCGCCUAUGUGCUGGCCGUGUUCGCCCGCCUCUGCUUUUUCACCAGCGGUAAGAUGAGCGUUUUUUGGGGGGGGGAAAGGGGCAUUAAGAAAGGGUUUGGGGGUGAUUCCUCCUCCUGGCUCAAUGUGUGGCACCCGGCAGGGAUCCCCUUCACCUACCGGGGGCUGCCCUGUCCCUACGCAUCCUCGCUGCUGGCGAGCACCUUCCUGCUGUCUGGGGGCAACGCUGCCCUGCUGCGGGUCACCGCUGGCAUCAUGAUCCUCUUCAUGCUGGACCGGGGCUGCUACCCCCAUGACAAGGUGCUGGAGUCCCAGCUCUGGAAGAAAGUGGUUUAUGCUGGAGGGGUGGCUGCUGUCCUCUUCUCGCCAGCCACGGUGGCUUCCAUCUAUUGCCUCGCCUGGUCCAUGUCCUACAUCGUGUUCCCCUUUGCCAUCUGGAGCUGCAAAGUCCAACCCCUGCCUAACGCCUACUAAAGCCUUCCUCCACCUCCUCCUCCACCAGCAUCUCCCUUCAUUCCUCUCCAUAUCCAACCCUGUUUAGAAAAGGGAAGAACCGGAGCUGUAGGAACAACUCUGCCCCAAGCACACCCCACGUGCCCCACUCCUCAUAUGGGGGACGAAGGAACCCCCAUCACCCACUCCAGAGACCCCCAAACCCCUUCCCUGUGCGGGGUAACAUCAAAUUUAGGAAUCACUCCCACCGUGUGCUGUUAAUGGAUCACAAGGGGGGGGAUUUACACCUCCAAAUCCGAGGAAGACUCUUAGACUCUUCCCUGGAGGGGAGGAAGCCACUGCCUAAAUGCCCAGAGGGAUUUUGACACCCAAGUCACCAGCAGCACGUUGGGGUUUAUGGUUUUACCCAUCAAACGUGUUUGAUCCCCCCCCUUCAGUGUGAGGUGGGACUGGGACGGAGGGAAGCGAGGUUUAGAUCCACGGAUCCAAACCCUCUGGAACGCUGGAGGAGGAGGAUGGAAGCAAAGCUCAACCGGGAUCCCCGGGGAGGCUCCAACAGCUGGAUCCAGCCCCAUGUCCUGAUCCCAGCACCGGGAGCUCGAGCCGGUGCCUGCAGCUGCGCUGGCACUCGGCCCCGCUCCGGCGCUUCCCAUUCCCAUUCCCAGGGGCACCGGAGCCACACGGGACCAGCACAGGGUUUAUUUAGAAAAAAAACCCAAACCAAGGGGCUCUUUGCUAAUAAAUAACGCGGGGUCGGAGGGGGCCCAGGGCUCACUCGCCCGACGCCUGCAUCUGCCUGCAGAAGGAGUCGAA